CACACCCCAAACUUACUCCCCAGUCUCACCUUUCCCACCAAUCCAUUAUCAUCCCAACUUGGUUCACUUCUCCUACUUCCUAACCCUUUGCUCUUCACUCUCCACAUAAGCAGAGCAACAGAAAGCCAAAACAGAGUAAAACAGGGGGGAAAUAGAUAGAUGGGCUCUUCAGUCAUACUAAACCAAAUGUUCCUCUACCUCCUCCUCUUCCCAUCCCUCGCCACAUCCCUACUCACAACAACCACAACAACCCAAUGCCGCUCUUUCUGCGGCACGAUCCCAAUCAACUACCCAUUCGGCAUCGACGACGGCUGCGGCGCGAUCCAGCUCCGCCACACCCUCAACUGCACAUCCCCUGACCUCUUCUUCCUCACACCUUCCGGCUCCUACAAGGUCCAGCACAUCGACUACCUCAAAUCCACCCUAACCAUCUACGACCCGUCAAUGUCCACCUGCUCCAUCCUCCAGCCGCACCACGACUUCCUCAUGACCGACAUCCAGACCGCCGUCAUCCCGCCUUCCUCCGACACCGUAUUCGCCCUCCUCAACUGCUCCGUCGACUCCCCGGUGCUCAACCACUACAGGUCCCUCUGCUUCAACGUGUCGUCGCACUCGUGCGACGAGCUCUACGCGUCGUGCAACGCGUUCCGGGUGUUUCGCCUGCUGACCAAUUCGACCCCGCCGUGCUGUUUUACCGGGUAUGACACGGUGAGGUACAUGAGCAUGAACAUUUUGGAUUGUUCGCAUUACACGACGGUGGUGGAUGCCGAUGGGAUGAGGGGAGUGUCGCCGUUGGAUUGGGUUUACGGGAUUAAGUUGUCGUAUGGAUUGCCGGACAGAGGGUGUGAUCGGUGUUCGGCGUCGGGGGGAACUUGUGGGUUUGAUACGGAGACGGAAGGGAUGCUCUGCCUCUGCUCUGGCUCUAGCAACGGAACAAGACAAUGCGGUGCUGGUAGCUUCACUGCCGGAGGAGUCAGGAGCGGCUGUUCGAUGUUGACAUUGUUGAUUGGGUUCACACUGAGCAUUGGUGGUGGUUUUAUGCUUUUGAGGCCUGCUGGAGGACCCGGGUUUUCUUCCUUCAUCGGCUCCUUGUAAUUGUCAAUUAUUGUCGGGUUCUCAAUUGUGAACUAGUUCAUGGGUUUUUAUUUUAUUUUUUGAGAGAAUGGAUGGAUCUUCAGUUAAUCCAUGGUGUCAGUUUCACUUGAUAGUUGAUAUCUAAUUGUUUAGCUGCAACGGUGGUUUAUUAUAGCCCCUGACCAUUUAGGAGUUUCUUCUCUGCGUUACUUCUGGUUUUCUGU